ACGAAAUUUUGCUGAAGUUUAUUAAUUAAUAUUUUCUCUAUCUAUAUGCCAAAGAGGUGGCAUUUAUUUAGAUUGCUAAAAAGCUUUACCAAAUGGAUUUGAUAGUUCCAGUAGCACCCCCACCAUCACCAUGCCACACAGAGGAAGAGGACUGGGGAAGCAAAACACUACUCCAUAGACUUGCACAACAACUUCAGUUAUACAAACCACAUAGAGUACUACUUGAUGAUCAUGAAGUGGAUCAUGGAAAUAAUGAUGAAGAGGAGCAAAUAGGGUCAAAUUGUGGGAUUAGAAAUUAUAUGAGAACCACAAGCCAAGAGUUUUCUAAUUGUGUUAAUUGGAGGAAGAGAAGAGCAGCUGUCUUAAUAUGCCUCUUUGAAGGUCCUCAAGGAGAGCUCAGAGUUAUUCUUACCAAGAGAUCAAUGAAGUUGGCUUCACACCCAGGAGAUGUAGCAUUGCCGGGUGGAAAAAUGGAGGAGAGAGAUGUAGAUGACUCUGCAACUGCACUAAGAGAAGCCAUGGAAGAAAUAGGCUUGGAUCCUGCUCUUGUUCAGGUUCUUGCAAAUCUUGAGCCCUUCUUAUCCCAGCAUCUACUGAAGGUUAUCCCAGUGAUAGGUCUAGUUGCUCGAAUACAGGACUUCAAACCUCUGCUCAAUACUGACGAAGUUGAUGCUAUUUUUGAUGUCCCUCUCGAGAUGUUUCUCAAGGAAGAGAAUCACAGAAUUGAGGAAAGAGAAUGGAUGGGGUGGAAGUAUGGUCUCCAUCUAUUUGAAUAUGAAUCUGAACAAGGGGAAUACAUGAUUUGUGGUUUAACUGCAGCCAUUCUUAUUAGAGUUGCCUCUCUUAUUUACCAGCGAUCUCCAUCUUUCCAACCCUCUCUUCCUGAUUUCCAAACAAUUGCUAGAAGCAGCCUUAACUGAUUCCUCUUUGAUUAUGAUAUUAAUUUGUGAGUUAUAUAUCAAUCCUAUAUCAUUUCUAAAUCAAACUCUUUCUAAAACCAUAUUUCUCAACAUUUUCUUUCAUCAUGUACUAGCUACUUCUUGUUCUUUGUGAACAACCCAGAUGAAAUUGAUAAUAGAUAUUUAGUAUUUUGUGAGUAGGGGAAAAAAAAAAAAAAAAAAAAAAAGGUACCUUCAUCUUUCUUUAAUUUAAAGAUUUGUCCAAAAAUAUUUAAAAUAUUAUGCAUAUUCUUAUCUUUUCGCCGAAAUAUAAUUGACUUAAAAGUCUAUGUCAUGUUUUGCAAAGACAAAAUACCGCAUUGCCUUUAUUGGAACAAAAUUGACAAGCAUGUAACAUGCUUUAAAGUCUUCUGUGAUGUAUAAUGAUGACUAAUCACAAUUAGUCUUUUCCUUUUUUUUCUUUUUCCUUUUUUGAAUAACUUUUCCUUCUUUUCUGGGACAAUGGAAACGAGAACAUUUAUUGUAUGUUCUUAGUACGCAAAUUUAGGAAUUUGUUGUGUGAAAAUGUUACUUGUUUGAUGAUUUUCAUUACUAAAUCACCGUAAAUAUGGACCUGAUAUUAGUGUUAUUGAAAAGCUUCUUGUACCUACAAAGAAGAGUUAUUAUUGUUACUUUUAGAUGAUGAUAUAUUAAUUACCAUCUUAAUUAUUAUUAUUUUUUCUUAAUAUUAUUAUUACUUUUUCCUUAAUAUUUUUUUUUUUUAAGAAGGGAAAAAAGUGCUUGAAUAAUCAAUAUAUAUAUAUAGUACUACUUCAAUAAUUUAGAAUGACAUUGAAAUUUGAAGCAAAUUUAUGAUGAUUUUAUUAUUGAAACAUGUUCAGCAAUUUGGGGCAAAGAAAAGUAAAAGCACCUUACAAAAUCAACAGCCACAAUGCAUCAUACAUGAACCCAAAUAAAAUGAUUAUGUAAAAACAGUUAAUUAUAUGGAAUAAAUUCACUAUCAGUACAAACUUGUAGUCAUUAAAAUAAGAUUUCUAUUACUAUUUCUUACUUUUCUCUUCCAAAUAAGAUUAAAAAUUCCUCAAUUUUUUUUUCUCCAACUUGUAAAUAUAAAAAAGCCAAAAUCUGUAAAACUAGUCAACCGCACGAGAUUGUAGGUAGGUAGACUUUUUAAAUGUUUCCAUUAUAUUCCGUACGAAGAUUGGAACUUCACCAUCAUUUCUCACAAGAUGGAAAGUGACAAAACAAACCCAAUUCCCUAUUAUAUGAAAAUUCAACAAAGUCUCAUUAGAUUCCUUAUCUUGGAGAGUCUAAAUAAUUGUAUUAGUUUCCCAAGUAUUUGUUCAAAAGUCGGGGAAUUUCGUAUGAAACUUCCAUUAAUUGCAUUAAAUCUCAAAUCACCAAUCCACCCA